CAUUUUGUACACACCGUGGUCGAAUCCACUUCGGUCAGGUGGCGUUUGUUUUGGUAGCGUGGAAGGGGUGCGGAGACGCCGGAUGGUAAAACUGAGUCUGUGUUAAAACUCCAGCGACUUCGUGUAUUUGGUCAGAGUUCGGAAAACGGAGAUGUCUUCACCGCCCAAAGAAAAAGCGGAGACGCGGGCCGGUCACCCGCCUGCAGUAAAAGCAGGAGGUAUGCGCAUUGUGCAGAAACAUCACCUAGGGGGUGAUCACCAGAAUCAUGACAAGGAUAAAGACAGCAAGGAAUGGGAAAGCAGCAGCCCUCCUAAACAAACACUUAUCAUUUCUGGAGCAGUGACACGGGGUGAUAAAGAUUUUCCUCCAGCUGCUGCCCAAGUGGCUCAUCAAAAACCACAGCCUUGUGUCGAGAAGCUUCCUCCACCCCAUCAUAUUAACCAGCAUAUCCAUCAGCCACGCAAGUGAGCCAAGACAAGAAAGCACAUUCAUCCAUAUGGGUUGAAGGCAGGUUUAAUGGGAGGUAAAUCUAUGGAGAGGAGAGAAACUUUUGCACUACACUGGAGCUGCAGUCUAUUGCAUUUGAAUGAAAUUGCCCUCUUUUUUCUGACAUACUUUGAAUGCGACUUUCUGUGUUCCUUUAAGAGCUACUCCUUGACCCUCUCUUGAAAGGGCUGUGCUCUUAGAGCAGGCAUGGUGACCAUUACUGAGGAUUCAUUUGUUGUAACUAAGAGUUUUCCCAGUGAUGUCCUAUUUUCUGGUAUAGUUGAUCACUCCUAUGAAAAAAGGCAGAAGUAACGUUUAUUUUAAGAUAGUGCCCUGGACUUUUAUGGAAGGAAUGAGAGCCAUUGAAUUCAGGAGUGUCUACUGCUGCUGUGUGAUCUGCUGGAAACCAUCAACUGUCUGCCCUGUCGGCGGAGUGCUUGUUAAAUCAAGGCCCAACAAAAGGCCCUACUAUACUGAGGCCAGAGUGUGUUCUGCAGUGAUUGCUGAAGUUGUCUUUGACAUUUGAUCAUUUAGUGUUCUUCACUAAAUUACGCCCCCUUAACAGUUUAUAAAGCUUACCUAUCAGCUUACCUCAACCUUGGUUAAGAUGAGGAAAACAGUACAGGGAAAGUGAAUUAUAGUUUAUUGUAGAGGUGAGAGAAUGCACAAACUUGAAGUGCGUCAUCUUGGACCUGAAAAUAAAUUAUGAAGAUAUAGUUUACCAGGUGGGAGUGGGAUACUUAGUUCCAAAGUGGCACACAUGUUACUCCAACAUAGAUGGUGCACUUUUUACAAAUUGGGACCAAUGACAAAGAAUACAAAUACUCUUAGCUGCCUGUUAUAAAAAUGAGUUCUUUUUCUAAAGUAUAUGGAUAAUAGUACACAAUAGGGAAAUCUGAAUAUUUUUCAUGUUAUAAUUGGAGAACAGCACAGUUUUGAUCAUGCAAACAACGCUGUUUUUAUUAUUUUAAAUGGCAUUCAGAGGUGACCAACACACACAGUAUUGGCUGCAUUCCUUUGGUUAAACUAUCAUGGUAGGAAAAUCAGAAAUAGAAAUGUAAGCGAGCGCUCUAAGCCUGCACCUUAAAUGAGGUGGGUGUGGGAGCCUGUAUUUCCUUACCACCAGGGGUCUUCUUGUGGCCUGAUGCCCUUCGUUCUGUGAAGAGCCACACUUGUCCCGUCCUGCUGUGCUGCCAUAUCAGUGUAGAGUGAGAUGUGAACGUGUUCCUUAGAGAAACAGUGGGCCUUGAAGGGACCUAUCAAUCUGUACAUUUCAACAAUAUACUGUAUUUGCACUAAAAUAUUGUAGAAAUAUUUACAGAGAAGUUCAUUUGGGUGUUAACACUUUUUGUUUUGUUACCAAGCUGGCUGAGAGAAGACAGCACUGUUUAAGGAAACGGAAGUUCCUUUCUCAAGGAGUAGCUCUUCACGAUGCAUCUUUGCCUUUUGCCGUGAAAUUUUGUUGGGUAACCAAGGUUAAAAUUGUUUUUAUGAUUUAGUGUUUUUAUUACAAUCAACAAGCUCUGCCUUUCAGUAUACAGUUUUAUUGGUAUUUUGUUCGCAUAUUUGUUUUUAGAUCAUGGCUUUUGUUUUACUUACCUGCCAUCUACAGUAUUUUCUAUUGAUUUGAUGUUUUGAUUAAAGAUACAAUAAAAGUAUUCCAGAAAAAAAA